AUGGCUCGCACUCUCAGCGACCUGAUCCCCGGCCACACCCAUGUCCAGUCGUUGACGGACUUUACUCUCAGCCUUGUCAUCAUCACCAAGCCUGAGGGUUCCGACGAUAUCUAUGUCAGAUUGGUUCGAGUAUCUUUAAUCAUCUCGUCGGACAAGACCAACACGACCUUCAUCCCCAAGCAAAAGGCCCAGCUCAUCCGCGAUUUUAUCCCCUGGUUCAAGAACUGUCAAACCGUUGCAUUCUGGUAG